GCCCAGCGGUGAUACGCCACGCGGGUACAGAGUCGAAUGUAUAUAGUUGGAUUCAUUCCCGUAUUGAAAUAUACAUUGUACAAUAUAUAAGUCUAUUUUAUUUACAAAGACAACACUAUGGCGACCGCGACUUCUGAUUUGGCCCAGGGCCAGCAUGUAGCUGCUUCAGACAUUCGCUCGUCCUUUGCAACAGCCAUGUCGGACAUGUACAGCCAGGAGGUCCCUUUAUACGACACACUCUUAUCUAUUGUUCGCACAGUAAAUUAUACGACACUCGAAGAGAAUAUCUCCCUCCGCGAUAGCUUAUUGGCGACUGAUGAUCUCGCUCGGAUCAACUUGGAGCGCCAUGGGGCAAUCCGACUUGGCACACCAGCCGAGUUGAACGCGGUUCGGAGGGUACUGAGCGUUAUGGAUAUGGCUCCCAUUGGCUAUUACGAUCUGUCCUCAGCAGGAGUCCCCGUCCACUCUACUUGCUUUCGAGCUUGGGACGCUGCGGAGCUGGCUAAGAAUCCAUUUCGCCUCUUCGUCUCUCUGUUACGGCCCGAGUUGAUCAAAGAGGACGGUCUCCGCACAGAAGCUUUGGCUAUACUUGCUAAGCGUGAGAUUUUCUCCAAAGCCAUGUAUGCGCUACUUGCGGUCUACGAGUCUAAUGGCGGCUUCACUGCUCAUGAAGCUGCCGAUUUUGUGGCAGAGGCGAUCGAGGCGUUUCGGUGGAGGUCCCGCGCCAGCGUCUCUCAUAGCCAAUACCAGCUGCUCCUCCAGGAGAGCCCAGUAUUGGCUGAUAUAGUAGCCUUUCAAUCUCCUCACAUCAACCAUCUCACCCCGCGCACGUUGGACAUUGACGCUGUCCAAGCUGCUAUGCGUGCUCAGCAGAUACCUUUGAAGCAUCAUAUCGAAGGCCCACCAAAGAGACAGGUUCCGAUUCUUCUCAGACAAACAAGUUUUAACGCUAUUGAAGAAAAAAUCGAAUUUCCAGACGGCCCCGGGCUAGGAGGCUGUGACAAGACCAUUACAGCAGGCCACACCGCUCGGUUUGGCGAGAUUGAACAACGUGGCGCAGCGCUGACUGUCAAAGGACGUCAGCUGUAUGACAGAUUGCUUGCUUCGGCGAUCAAAGCGGGUAUCACAUCAGCGGAAGGUCCCGAAUUUUCGCAAAUAUUUGCAGACUUUCCAGACUCUGUUGUAGAGAUGCAAAAACAAGACCUGGCAUGGUUCCAAUAUCGCAUUUCCGAAGACGCCAAAUCAAAGCGUCCAGAGUCAGACGAUCUUCCGUAUCUUAUUCGAAAUGGCUUUGUGGUUUUCGAACCAAUAGUAUACGAAGAUUUCCUCCCUGUGAGUGCUGCAGGAAUCUUCCAGAGUAAUCUAUCGACAAGCGAGCCUAGUAGCACACCAGUUUCUCCACACAUGGAGGACGGAAAGGAACUAUUUGAGAGGGCACUCGGGUCAAGUGUAGCAGAUGAGAUGGCAUUAUAUAAGAGAAUCCAAGAAGAUACAGUGUUGGCCUGCCAGAAAUGGGCAAGGUUAGCUAGGGCCGAGUGAAUCGGAUGGAUUUGGCUUAAAGCAAACUCAUCAGGCCAAAGGCGGCGAUUUAUGCACCGGGACGGCUGUUAUGAGAAAUGCUACUUGAAUCUAACCGGCUUGUUAAUUUUGUUACAUACUGAUUGGCUGCCAAUUCAGCAACAGUGAGAGGCUGCCGCGAGUGUUCCGUGCUCAUCUCGCCAAUAACAGGUGUUGAGGAUAUUUCAGAUACAUUACUUACCAUCGGAUCGGUUUCGAACUUUUAAUCCUUUUCCGCAGGAGAGAUUAUAGCCGUCGCCUUCUCUGCUUUCUUGCGCCACAAGAAUAUUAAGACGAUGAUGCCAAUAGCACCAGCACCUACGGAGAGAACAUAUAUCCUGUGAUGCCGAAUACCAUGGCAAAUAUGCCCUGAGGGAUGUUUACAGUGUCUUCGAGUCAUUUCAUUCAUCCAAUAAAAACACUGCAACAAUUUACAUUACAUGAUAUCCUCAAUGAAGAGCCCUCGUUGUAUAUCGUGACUAAUUAGACGCCGCGCCAGCCCAAUGGCCACUGUCACGAAUCUUAGCCACAGCCUUUUUGAGAUCCUCCACAUAAUAUCUGUGCUAGACCUGUCUAACAGACUCUGGUAACCAGUAGUAUCCCACAGAUAGACCGUACGCCAGUAGCUGAAAGGCAAUCUUGCUGGAGGGCGUAGGCUCGAGGCUGUAUUCUCUGGCAAGACGUCCAGGUAGGAUGUUGCUGGUGAUGAGCCUGGACAUGGGCAAUAGAGCUUAAAAGUUUCAUGGCAGUUUCGAAGGAUACAUGAGGGCCUGACAGAGCUCGCGUGCUUCCUCAGUGAUUUCGAGGGUAGCGAUAUUAUAGUUCCAGUACUACCAGAACUCGUCAAGCAUAUCUAGCCACAUGUCUAGCGGCAUUCGAAGCAACAUGUCCCAAAUAGCAGAUCCUUUAAACAAGGCUUCCAUAAUAUCGAGUGGCAUUACACCCAUGAUGAGCCCAUAAAUGAUAACCGUAGACACAAACAAGGUAGCAGCUGUCCACUUGUGCAGCUCAGGAUCGCUGGCAUCAUAGCCAGGACCAUUCACAGACGCAUGAUACCUGUGAAUCACCGAGAAGAUGGCUUCCUUUUCGUCUCGAGUCCCGCGCAAGGCUGCAUUGACGAACCGGGCUGUGUUUCGUAGGCGCCCUGGUAUCCGGCUGGCAAAGUUGGAGCGAGAGUGGCUGCCUUUUGCUAAACCAGGAUGCGCCUAUUGACAGAGGAUAGUAAACUGCCCAUUAAGGAGAAAAAUGUAAUUUGCUAGAAGCUCUCGAAGAAGCGUGGGCUCUUGAACAGUGUCAUAGAUGACAGGUCGCUUGUAUUUGGGCUCAUCCUUUGGACCCAACAUUCUGGAGGCAGUGAAAAUGAAGUCGACGACUUGUACAGGCUCUGCUCAUGAACCAAAUUGCAUGUGAUGCCAAAGAGAGCGCAGGAUGCUUUGUAGCCAAAUGACCAGCUAUGUGCACUUGCACCAGAACAGAAGUCGCCUGAGCAUCUGAUUCGUCAGAGUUUUUGGUGGCAGUCUUGCGGCUCCUGCGCGCUACGGCACGAUUUCCAUGAACAAGGAGCCUUGAGCAUGAGAUGUGCCGUCUCCGCCCCAUGGCUGCGCUAUUGCUUUGGCUAUUGCAGCCCGGCCCCCGGACCAUCGCAGAAUGCGGGGAAUAAGUCCGAUCAUCGAUUUCCGACCGUGGCGUAAGCGAAGAUGUUGAAUUAUCUUGACACAAUGAUCUUGAGAGACCGGUUGCUGUGUUUGAGAAUAGAGUGUGCUGUCUUGCAAUACCACACCUAUCCUGUGAGGGCUGGAUUGGGGAUGUAAAUACUUGGGCGGAAAUAUAUGAAAAGUCGUUCACGC